AUGAUUGUAAAACUGCGAAUAUCGAGCCACGUGAAGCAGCGCAUUUUCGAUCCAUCGUUCGCAGCGGCGAGCACAGGCGAACUAUACGGUACCAUCUGUGACGGAGUGCCGACGGUGAUAGGAUUUGCCCGGGUACAUCAGGAAUCAAACGAAGAAUCGGAAGAUUUGGUACAAAGCGUGCCAAGUGACACACCGUCCCCGAUUCAGCGCAACCUGCCGAGCGGUUUGGAUCUUAUCGGGUGGGUAAAAACGGGCCCGUAUCAAGAUCCAACGAAUUUCUUGCUAAAAAAUGGUCCGGAUGCGUUUGUCACGGAUUAUCCCGUCUAUCUACACUACACCGGAGAACCAGAGGCAGAGCUGCAAACAUUCAUCUUCAAGAACAGGAUGCUACAGGUGGUAGAAUGUGUCCUGUUUGACGAUGAUUUUCUGUACCGGGAGUACUAUCUGCUUCGCCUACAGUGCACCCUGACGCUGGUGUGCGAGCAGACGGAAAAAUCCGUUUGUGAAAAUGCAUUCCGGCUGCGCAAACAGCUCGGCUCGGGCAGUGUGGCAUUUACAGUACCGGCGGCUCCAGGAGUGAUGUUAAGCGAUUACGUCGUUACGGGCAUCGAUAAGGAGGAGAACGUAGAAAUGUUGUACGCUAUGGCAACGGCGCCAAAGCCGGAACUGGACGAUGGUUUCGGUGCUGGUGGACGUGUAAAAGCAAAGAAACCGCAACUUAACGCACGACCACCCACCGGGUACCGUGUGAUUGAUUUUGGGCUUUUAAUAAAAAAAUCGAAAGACGAUCUGGACGAGAAGCUACGCCGAGAGGCAUGUAACGUAACGAUCGAUCGGCGCAACGAUGACCAAACGGUGAAGGUACCGUUCCAGGUCGACUGUCUCAGCCUGGUGCACCGUACGAAGAAGCUGGACAAAUGCUUCGACAACAUGGUGGAAAGCGUAGACUGUUCGUUGGGACUGAUCGAGGCAGCACUGCUGGAGCAGCUACGGCACCAGCAAAGGCUGUACGUGUCCAAAUGCUAUCACAUGCUGCCCAAAGAGCUCGGCCAUUUCGUAACGUGCGUGUAUCCGUUGGAUGGAGAGCUGAGCGAAUCGGACUCAUUUUUGGAACGGCAACGUGCAAACAUGCACAAACAAUUUUUGCUUAAAAUGACCCUGCCCUACUUCCGGAAAGGAAACGCGUACCAAUUUCAACCAGGGAAACGGUUAAUCAACCCGCAUGAAACGCUCACCGCGCCGCAUCCCGACGGUAGAACGGCUCUGGUGUCCGGUGUCUACACCUACCAUCACUACAUGCAGGAUGACUUCGACGAUAAGGGCUGGGGAUGUGCGUACCGAUCGCUUCAAACGCUCGUCUCGUGGUUCAAUCUGCAAGGUUACGGUACCGGCAAAAUCCCCACACACAACGACAUACAAUCGUGUCUGGUCCGGCUCGGUGAUAAGCAACGACCGUUUAUCGGUUCACGCCAGUGGAUCGGUUCGACGGAGGUUUCCAUCUGUUUGAACGAUAUGCUCGGUAUCGAUUCGCGCAUCAUGUUUGUAACGCACGGUAGUGAGCUAGCGUCGCGCGGUAUGGAACUGUUGCAACAUUUCCAGCAGGAAGGCACACCGAUCAUGAUCGGUGGCGGUGUACUUGCCCACACCAUUAUCGGUGUGUCGAUGAAUGCUGAGCUGGGCGAGACGAAAUUUCUUAUCCUUGAUCCACACUACACCGGGGUGGAUGAGUUGGGCCCAGUACUUGGAAAGGGGUGGUGCGGUUGGAAGGGGGGAGACUUUUGGGACAAAACCGCACACUAUAAUCUGUGCAUGCCGAUACGUCCGAAGCGGUUGUAA